GCUGAUUGGUCCGCGGGGUCAGUGGGAGGGGCAGGUGCUCGGCAUGGCGGUGCUGGCGGUGCUGCUGCUGCUGGCGCUCGGUGCCGCGGCGGAGCCGUGCCCGGAGCCCACCAUUGUGCCCUCGUAUUACACCACCUCGGACGCCGUCAUCUCCUCCGAGAGCGUCUUCGUGGUGGAGAUCUCGUUGGUCUGCAAGAACGGAGCUCAGAACGUGGCUCUCUACGCCGAUGUCAACGGGAAGCAGUUCCCCGUCACCCGCGGGCAGGAUGUGGGGCGCUACCAGGUGUCAUGGAGCCUGGAGCACCGCAGUGCACAGUCAGGCACCUACGAGGUGAAGUUCUUCGAUGAGGAGUCCUACAGUGCCCUGCGGAAGGCUCAGCGCAACAAUGAGGACGUGUCCCGGGUCCGGCCCCUGUUCACUGUCAAUGUGGACCAUAGGGGCGCAUGGAACGGUCCUUGGGUGUCAACGGAGGUGGUGGCAGCCACCAUUGGCCUCCUGGUUUAUUACCUGGCCUUCAGCACCAAGAGCAGCAUCCAGGCAUAGCCCCCCCCCCCAGAGCCCCCCCACAUCCUGGUGACAAUGGGGUGUCCCUAACAUUGACCCCCCCCAAAUGGAGCACCCAUUCAAUAUGGGGAGGGGGCUGAGCAGCGAAGAACAUUGGGAUGGGGCUGAAUACUGGGGGGGAGGGGGGGGUCCUCAGCAUCAGAGAGCCCCCAUAGCGGAGGGGGCCAUGUUGCUGUUCCCCCCCCCCAAAUGGGGCUCUCGGGGUCCCCCCUGUGCUCAGCAAUGUAAAGGGUUCACUUUGGGUUUUGAAGCCGGAUGGUGAAGGCAGAUCCAGAGCUGUGCAUCCAUCAGGAAUGGGGGCUCCUAUAGGGCUCCUAUAGGGCACGGGGCGGCCGUGCUUGGAGCGUCCCCAGUGCCCCCUCACAGCCCCAUAGCUCCUCACAGCCCCAUAGCUCCUCACAGCCCCAUAGCUCCUCAGCCCCAUAGCUCCUCAGCCCCAUGGCUCC